AUGUGGGCGUAUUGCAUCAUUCUCUGUGAAAGUGGUUGUGAGAUUGUGGCAAUGUCUGGGAGAGGAAAGGGCGUUGGUGGGAAAGCUCGCUCCAAGGCGAAGUCCCGGUCGUCCCGGGCUGGCUUGCAGUUCCCGGUGGGCCGUGUUCACAGGCUCCUGAGAAAGGGUAACUAUGCUGAGCGUGUGGGCGCCGGAGCGCCGGUCUAUCUGGCUGCUGUGCUCGAGUAUCUGACGGCUGAAAUCCUCGAGCUGGCUGGUAACGCGGCCCGGGACAACAAGAAGACCCGCAUCAUCCCGAGGCACCUCCAGCUCGCCGUGCGCAACGACGAGGAGCUCAACAAGCUGCUAGGAGGGGUGACCAUCGCUCAGGGUGGGGUUCUGCCGAAUAUCCAGGCUGUGCUGCUGCCCAAGAAAACCGCCGCAGGGGGCGCCGCUAAAAAGUGAAGAGACCGUUAUUUCAUCUGACAACCCAAAGGCUUUUUUAAGAGCCACCCACCGCGUCUGUGAAAGAAACUAGACACUCACCACUGCCGAGUUAAUUUUAAUUUUCUUUGUAUUACUGAGAGACCGGUAACACAAUAUUCACCCCGC